AUAAUCACCUGAUAGGCUAUCUGUUCAGACAAUGGUUUGUGGUGAUAGAUUGAUCAUUCUUGGGAUGAAUGGUGGAUGUCAAGAUUGGGGUCAAAUGGAUGCCAAUCAUGGAGCAUAUACAAUGACUCAACGCCUAAUGUUGGGUUCCAUAUGAGCUGAUCUGCAUUUCUCAUAUCCUUCUCGCUGCCACGUCGAAAGCACACAAACUAACAAAGUCUCCUCUCCAGCGACUGUUAUGACCAUAACCUCCAUCGGCUCCCCCAACUGGGUCUCCUACACCGUCUCAGCCCCUUCGGGUGGCACGGUGACGGACACCAUCGGCCUGCAUCGCCGGUGCACGUCCUCGACGGGGACGUGCUCGCCCUUCCCCGACGAGAUACACUGCCGCCGGUCGGCUGAAGGCCGCUCCUUCUGCUUCAUGUGGCGCACCACCGGGUUCCUGAUGAGCUUCUCGGCUAUCAUGGAGAUCGCCGCCAUUGUGGGAUUCCUCAUCAUCAUGAGGGGCGGGAAGGUGAGGCGGCAGGGCGGAUGGAAGGUGUUGGGAGUGAUGAUGGCGACGGCUGCGGCGGCCGAGUUUAUUGGGAUGGCUGUUGUGGCAUACCUCUUUGAUCAUGAUGAGAUGUUUCUGGUGCCGGGCUAUCGGCUGGCCUCAUCGUGGUAUCUGUGCGCGACUAGUGCGAGUGUUGCGUUGCUUACUGCCAUCGGCCUAAGCAUCUCGGCAUUGGUCCUGCCGCCGGAGGAUGGCUACCAGUUGUUGGAUGAACCUAGUGGUGUUUGAUACUGUAUGUAUAGCCUUCAUGUAUCUCGUUUUGUUUCUUGG